GUCUCCUAGUGUACCUGCAAGGCCGUCAUCACGACACAAACAUACUUUCAGCAUGUCCGCCUACGCUUCCGAGUACCCUAAUCUCGCCUUCGACCCGGCGUACAAGAAGUUCUUUGAGGACUUCUACGCUACCUCAGACACUCCUGAUGCGCACGACAAAUACGUUACGAAUUUCACCAAAGAUGCCACUUUGAUAAUGGCCUCGAAGCGUGCCAAGGGCACCGAUGAAAUUCUUGCCGUGCGCAAGGGCAUGUGGGAAAAGGUUGCCAGCAGGAAGCAUCAACCGCUGAAGAUUUUCCCGGCCGGCAACAAUGCCGACGAGGUUAUGUUGUAUGGAAUUGUCGACUAUGUGCUCAAGGACGGCAAGAAGGCGUCGGUGGACUGGGGCGCGAGAGCUCACUUGGUCAAGGAGGAGGACAAUGUUAAGAUGGAUUUCUACCAAGUCUACCUUGAUACGGCUGCACAGAGUGCUGCCAAAUAAGGAAACUAAGCGGUGUUAGUUGAGUGUUUCUUGACCGGAAUUUAGUUUUCCUACACAACUUUCCUAGCUCAAUGGUGAGGAGACCUACAACAAAC